AAAGCUGUAGCUGUUAUUUGUCUAUAUCCAAAUCCUUAAUUUUUCAGAUAACAAAAUCCUUUCCUCGUCUCUACACAAGACUUCAAGCAAAAUCAUAGCUAAUGUUUGAAGAUCUGUCUCAAAUAAACCUAUUGAUUUUAAAAACUCUGAGUUGGCCACAGCCUUUUGUCAACACUACACCCCAUUAUAAAUGGCUGUUUCACCACCAGGACUCCCAAUCAUCCCUUCUCCUCUAAGUCCAAGAGCAAGUUUCUCCUCCACCCUAUGGGAGAGUGUGAGGGAAUCUGGUAAUGGCGAAGUAACUUCACUCCAUUUUGUCCCAAGGAUAGCAAAACACUCAACCGUGGGAACAAGACUCUCAUUGAGACCAAGAGUGAACAUUUUGGGGCACUUGGAAACAACAGAGGGUUGCUUCCUCUUUCUGAAUGCCUAUGCUUCGCAAGUAGCCUCGAUUACUGCUGACUUAAGCAUCGGAGUGUCUACCACGAGGAUCCACCUCGGGGCCUUACAGGUUGAUCCAAAGUGCAAAUACGAACUGAAGAAGGACUUCUGGUCAGCCCGAGGGGGAAACUCGUCUCAGCCUCUUGGACGAGGUCAGAUCCCUAGCAACCUUCCACCUCACCCCCCACCCCCAAUCCUGAAUGCAUUCCCUCAUGUUGACCAUACAGAAGGAGGGGAUGAAAAUCAGCCACACAAUUUGGCUCGCAACUCCGCCUCUACUGCUAACCAAGACGUAGUUGCAACUCAGCUCGCUGCCAUGCAGCAGCAGUUUGGUGUUUUUCAACUAGUGCUGGCUCACGAGGUGCCCCCACCUCCACACCCUGCUGCUGAUUCUGUACCCCACCCUUUCAACAACAAUAUUAUACGGGAACCCUAUCCCACUGGCUUCAGAAUACCACAGCUUGAAACUUAUGAUGGGACGAAGGACCCCGAUGAUCAUCUACAUGCUUUCUACUCUUGCAUGCAGGCCCAGAACGCCUCUGAUGCGUUGAUGUGCAAAAUCUUUCCCUCUACCCUCCGAGGUAAUGCUCGAACCUGGUACUAUAGUCUGCCUCCAAGAUUCAAUGAUGCAGUGCUGGAGGUUAAUUCUUUUGACCAAGCUGUGGGAAUUACAACUGUGAUCUCGGGUCUUAGCCAUGAGAGGUUCCGAGAUAGUCUGCUCAAACAUCCUGCCAACACCUUCAGCGAGAUUAAGAAUAAGAUGGACUUGAGACGUCCGGGUCCAAUGAGAAUUGCUGCUGCUACCAGAGACCAUACAAGAGUGGAACAGCCAAGGUUUGUCAGGGAACAAAGGCUGCAGCAUCAAGGAGUCCACAAUCCCCCAAACAGACAAGGUGUGGGAUAUCAGCAAGCCCCACCACCACUCCCACCACCACUCCCACCACCAGCUAGAGUCAUACACAUGAUUACGAGAGGUUUGGAAGCAGGUGGGCUGAGCUCUAAGCAGCGAAAAUUGUAUGUUAGAGAGAUCAAGCACCAAAACCGAGCUCAGAAGCGAAAAUUUGACGAUGUUGAGUGGAAGAAUCAACCCAUCACUUUCACAUCUGCUGAUCUCGAAACAGUCGUCACACCUCACAAUGAUCCCCUAGUCACUUCUGUCACGAUCAACAAUUGUGAGGUGCAGCGUGUCCUUGUUGACACAGGGACUGCACCAGACAUCAUGUACUUCCAUUGUUUUAAAAGUUUGGGGUUGGAUCCGGCUUUGUUGCAGCGGUAUGAUGGUCCUAUCUACGGAUUCAACAACCAGCCAGUUCCAGUUGAAGGAGUCCUCACCAUGAAUGUUGCAUUUGGAAAUGGCUGGAGUUAUGUGACCCCUUCAGUUAGGUUUCUGGUAGUCAAGAUGGCGUCCUCAUUCAACAUCGUCAUCGGCCGACCCACACUGACUGAAAUCCGAGCUGUGGUCUCCCAGUCUCACCUAUGCAUGAAAUUCCCAACUCCUACGGGAAUAGCAACGCUACGAGGCAACCAGGAGGUGGCCCGACAUUGUUAUAUCACCUCGGUAACACAACCUCAGAAGGGCAAGGCUCAGACACCCGAGAUUAAUCCCAAACGGAUUCCUGAUGAUCGGCAAGUUAUGGGUGUUGAGAUAGUAGAUAACCGACCAGAAGAUGAAACCAGAGCUGCUCCAGUAGAAGAUGUGGAGGAGGUCCAGAUUGAUGACAGAGAUCCGAGUCGGAAAACGCAAAUUGGGACUAAACUGAACUCGAAGGAAAGAGCAGAGCUAAUAGCUUUUCUUCGGGCCAAUAAAGAUGUUUUUGCAUGGACUUCAGCAGACAUGUCGGGAAUUCCCACUUCAGUUUUUCAACAUAAACUCAGCACCAAUCCCCUCAAGAAACCCGUAGCCCAGAAGAGACGCCUCUUCGGGGGGGAGAGGUUAAAAGUUAUUAAAGAAGAAGUCGAGAAACUCCUACAAGCCGGCUUUAUCAGAAGGGUAGAUUACUCUGAGAAAGCAGCUUUAGCAGUUGUCACUUCGGCCAGAAAGUUGAGGCCAUAUUUCCAGUCGCACCCGAUCAUUAUUCUUACAGACCAACCCCUUCGGCAGAUUCUGCAAAAGCCUGAGUGUUCUAGAAGUGGCAAAGGUUCAGGAGCUGGUGCUCUCUUGAUCGGCCCAGAUGGAUACCAAAGUGAACAUGCUUUGAAAUUUAACUUCGAUGCAACAAAUAACAUGGCUGAGUAUGAAGCCCUGCUACUUGGUCUGCAGCUAGCUUUAGAGUUAAAACUCAGUGCGAUCCAAGUGUACAGUGACUCCCAGCUGGUGGUGAACCAAAUUAACUCAAUCUGCGAAGUUGUUGAUCCUGUGAUGGUGAAAUAUGUAGCUCUGGUGGCCAAGCUGAAGUGCAAAUUCCAGAAAUUCUGUCUGAACAAAAUCCCCCGAACUGAGAAUGAACAAGCAGAUUCACUCUCUAAAUUCGCCUCUGAUAGUUCUUCACAUUCCAGAUCAGUUUUUGUGGAGGUCUUAGAUGAACCAAGCUUCAUGAAGCCACGGGUGAUGGAGAUCAGCACCAACCCAGGCACACCGAGCUGGACUGAUCCCAUCCUCUCCUUCUUACGAGACGGGAUAGUACCUGAGGACAAGCAGGAGGCAAUGAAGUUGAGGAGGAAAGCAUCUCGGUAUACACUUGUUAAUGGGGUCCUUUAUAAGCGAUCUUUCUCUCUACCUCUUCUACGGUGCUUGAAUCCCUAUAAAGCAGAAUAUGCACUCAGGGAGGUGCAUGAAGGUGUCUGCGGAAGUCAUGUGGGGGCCCGAACUUUGGCUCAUAAAGUCCUUAGACAGGGUUAUUAUUGGCCCAACAUGUACAAGGAUGCCACUCACUUUGUUCAGAGAUGCUUGAAAUGCCAGUUCUUUGCGCACCUGACUUACCAGCCUGCAGAAGAGCUCACUACUCUGGUAGCACCGUGGCCAUUUGCUCAGUGGGGAUUGGAUCUUUUGGGUCCGUUCGUGAAGGGGGUUGGUGGUGUAACCCACCUGAUUGUUGGUGUAGAUUAUUUCACAAAAUACGGGAUCCCGAAUCAGAUUGUGGCUGAUAAUGGAACUCAAUUUAACUACACCUCUUUUCGAGAUUUCUGUUCCAGCUACGGGAUAAAACUGCAGUUCACCUCGGUUUACCAUCCGGAGUCCAACGGCAUGGUCGAAUCUGUAAACAAGUGCAUCUUAGAAGGUGAAACACCCUAUCAUCUAGCCUUUGGUACCGAAGCAAUCAUUCUUAUCGAGAUAGGAGUUCCAAGCUUCAGAGUCACUCAUUUCGAUGAAGGACGAAAUGGACAACUGCUUCGGGAGAACCUUGAUUUGCUUGAUGACGUUAGAGAAGAAGCACGACUUCAAACUCUAGUCUAUAAGCAGAAAAUAGCAAACUUCUAUAACAAACGAGUUCGACCCCGAACAUUCAAAGUAGGAGACCUUGUCCUCAGGAAAGCUGGUCUGACGGGAUUCGAAACUCGAUUCGGCAAGUUGGCACCAAACUGGGAAAGCCCCCUACACUGUUGCCGAAGUGCCGCACCCAGGUGCAUAUAUCUUACGGGACACUGAAGGCAACCAAGUUCCCAGGGUCUGGAAUGUCAAUAAUUUGAAGAAAUUCUACCCUUAGCACACUUCGUUCCAGUAAACUUUGUCUUAUCGC